CUCCAGUAUAAUCAGACCGUUCGAGUUUACAUUCAGAUAGAUGCACCAUUGAUGUAUCCAUAGAUUUGUGUAUCGGAGUUAGUUUGCCGAUGUGUGUAAACAGAGAUUGAUAUCAAAGGCAUCGAAUUUGCUGUUACGUGAAAAAUUCACAAGUGUGUUGAGCUGUGUGUCAGUUAAUUAAUCUGCGGAUAUGAUGGUGAACAAGUAUAUAAGGAAAAGCAAUAGAGGUUCUUGGACUGAAGAAACGAUGCAGAUGGCGAUGAACGAAGCUAAAACUACAUCAAUAAGCUCGGCAUAAAAAAAUAUGGUAUUCCAAUUAGAACUCUACAUCGUUAUAUUAAAAAAGGGGACCAAAAACCUAGGAAGGUUUAAACCUGUUUUUUCAAAAGAGCUGGAGCGGAAACUUUGCGAUCUUGCAAUGGACCGUGAUAUGCUGUUUUAUGCUUUAACAAAGCAAAGUCAACAACAAUUAGCUUUUGAAUUGGCGAAAGUAAAUAAUAUACCGCAUCUGUUUACAUGUGAAAAAGCAGGAAAGGCAUAGCUUGAUUGUUUCAUGAAAAGACAUCCCCACUUAACAUACAGGACACCAGAACCCACAGCUUUAGCUCGUUGUUCUGCUUUUAAUCGCACGCAAGUGAAUCGGUUCUAAGCAAACCUGUGGAGCGUUAUGUCUCACCAUAACUUUCGGACACGACCCGAUGAUAUCUACGAGUAUAAUAUGGAUGAGACUGGUGUCAAGACCAGUGAUUCCAAACCUCCAAGAGUUAUUUCUGUAAAAGGUAAAAAACAAGUAGGAGUUGUAGCAACAGCAGAAAAGGGGCAACUUACCACAGUAAUCUGUGCUUGCAGCGCCACUGAUCGAUUUAUCCCACCUUGCUUUAUAUUUGGACAAAGAAAAAGAAUGAAUGAACGCCUUUUAGAUGGAGCUCCUAAUGGUUCUCAGGCUUGGGUUUCGGAUUCUGGUUGGAUAAAUAAUAGCACUUUUAACAACUGGCUACAAAUUUUUAUUGAUAAAACAAGACCGACCAGUUUUAUUAAUUUUAGACAAUCACACUACUCAUCAAAACUUGGUAGCUUUGAAUUUAGCUCGACAAAAGCAUGUAAUUAUGGUCAGUAUUCCCCCUAUACGAGCCAUAAGCAACAACUAUUGGACGUGUCAGUUUACCGUUCAUUCAAAGUGGCUUUUGAGCAAGCACUAGACACUUUUCAAAAGAAUCAUCCCGGAAGAAGAGUAAAUCACUUUGAUAUAGCUAGACUUGUCUGCACUGCCUAUGAAAAAAGUGCUAUUGUACAAAAUGCCACAAGUGGGUUCAGAAAGGCUGGUAUCUUUCCAUUCAAUAGACAUUUGUUUACAGAUUUAGAUUUUGCACCAGACACUGUUUAUAAAGAGCAAUCAAAUACCACUGUGACAGAUGGAGCAGACAAAAAUAAAGACCCUGUCGUUACGGAAAACUCAGCUUUAAAUAAUGAUAAUGCGUUAAUUGAAAAUCCAUGUGAUGUCAUCAAUGAUCCUGUUGAAAACAACAAUACUGAUGAACCACCCGUUGUGAACGAUAGUGAAGACAAGCAGAAAGAGGAAGACAAAGUCAAUUUUGAUCAUAAACAAAAUGAAAUGACUGAAGAUAGUAUGCUUGAAACUCGUUCCAGUGUUAUUGAUAAGAGCUGGUAUCAACCAUCCACUUCAUACUAUAUCCCUCCAAUUGAAAUUCUUCCCCCACCAAAAGUUACUCUUACUAUAAAGAAGCGGAAAGUGAGAUAUCAGAAGUCAGAAAUCUUGACCAGUUCUCCAUUCAAAAAUGCUAUUGAAAUGAAAAAUGAGAAUAAAGCGAAACCAAAGUUAUUAUUUAAUCGGACCAUUAAAGGCAAGCAAGAUAAUAGCAAAGAAAUAGGAACCUGAGAGAAUAAAUGAAAAGGUAAAGGAAAAAGGAGAAAAAUAGAAAAAGAUAAAAAUAUUGUACAAAAUUUAGACCAGUCUUCACAAAAUGAUGUGUUCUGUAUAUUAUGUGGUGAACUUUUUGUGGAACCUCCCACAGACGACUGGGUACAAUGUCCUGUAUGUAAUGGUUGGGCACAUGAAUAAUGUACCGACGCAGAAGAUGGUAGUUUUAUUUGUAUAAACUGUAAAAUGUAGUGAUUUCCUGUACAUUCCAUCUUGCCCGAACGAGCUUUCCAUUCUACCCUCACGGUAAGGGCAAGAUGGAAUUUUUGAUGUUCUUUUGUUCUUUUUUAAUUACGCAUAAAAAUAAUUCUACUUAUUAUUAAUAUAACGUUUAAGCAUCCCACAAACCGGCGCGAAAUAAUCGCGGCGAAGUAUUCGCAACGAAAUUCAGAGC